AUGAGCAGUGGCACAGAUCUGAACCACGCUGCAGGGAUGGCCUCUGACUCGGACCCUGGCCGGGCAGCUGUCGCCUCGGCUUACCAGCGCUUCGAGCCCCGCGCCUACCUCCGCAACAACUAUGCUCCUCCUCGUGGGGACCUGAGCAGCCCUGAUGGCGUCGGGCCUUGGAAGCUGCGCUGCAUGGCGCAAACCUUUGCCACGGGUGAGGUGUCUGGACAGGCCCUCAUAGACAUUGGUUCAGGCCCCACCAUAUACCAGCUGCUCAGUGCCUGUGCCCACUUUGAGGACAUCACCAUGACGGAUUUCUUGGAGGUCAACCGGCAGGAGCUGGGACUCUGGCUUCGGGAGGACCCGGGAGCCUUCGACUGGAGUGUGUACAGCCAGCACGCUUGCCUCAUUGAGGGCAAGGGCGAGUCCUGGCAGGAGAAGGAGCGCCAGCUGAGAGCGAGAGUAAAGCGAGUCCUGCCCAUCGACGUGCACCAGCCCCAGCCCCUGGGUGCUUCAGGCCUGGCACCCCUGCCUGCCGAUGCCCUGGUCUCUGCCUUCUGCCUGGAGGCUGUGAGCCCAGAUCACGCCAGCUUCCAGCGGGCUUUGCAUCACAUCACCACACUACUGAGGCCUGGGGGUCACCUCCUUCUCAUUGGGGCCCUGGAGGAGUCAUGGUACCUUGCUGGGGAGGCCAGGCUCUCUGUGGUACCAGUGUCAGAGGAGGAGGUGAGGGAGGCCCUGGUCCUUGGCGGUUAUGAGGUCCGAGACCUUCGUACCUACAUCAUGCCUGCCCACCUUCGCACGGGUGUGGAUGACGUCAAGGGCAUCUUCUUUGCCUGGGCUCAGAAGAUGGGGGUGCAGGUGUGA